ACGAAAAAGAAAAUAACAAAAAGCAAGAAGAUCUCCUUUUUCCCUUCCCAAUAUCACACCAAUCAUCCAAAAACCCGUCUUUUUCACUUCGAAGAAAGGGUUUUUGUAGGGUUUUUCAUAUCUUUUAUAUCUUUCCCCACUUCCUCCAUUCAAUUUCUCAGCAAAAACAACGAUAAAAAGGCAAAGGAAAAAGAGAAAUGGGUUCGUUGAGAGACGAACAGGGUGAGGAAGAUAGAGUAAGGGCGAGAGAAGAGAAGGAAGAGGAAGAGCCCAUACUGAAACAACAAAACCAGAGGUUUUGCAUGUUUCCCAUUAGAUAUCAACCGCUUUGGGAGAUGUAUAAGAAGGCUGAGGCUAGUUUUUGGACUGCUGAGGAGGUUGAUCUCUCACAAGAUGUUCAGCACUGGGAAACCUUGUCUGAUUCAGAAAAACACUUCAUAAGCCAUGUGCUGGCCUUUUUUGCUGCAUCUGAUGGGAUAGUUUUAGAGAACUUGGCUGCAAGGUUCCUAAAUGAUGUUCAAAUUCCAGAGGCUCGCGCAUUCUAUGGAUUCCAAAUUGCCAUGGAGAAUAUUCAUUCUGAAAUGUACAGCUUGCUUUUGGAGACAUAUAUCAAGGAUUCUAAAGAAAAACAUAGAUUGUUCAAUGCUAUCGAAAGCAUCCCUUGUGUCAGUAAGAAGGCUAAAUGGGCUAUGGAUUGGAUUCAGAGUUCCACUUCGUUUGCCGAGAGACUUGUGGCUUUUGCAUGUAUUGAAGGAAUCUUCUUUUCUGGAAGCUUUUGUGCCAUUUUCUGGCUUAAAAAGAGGGGUUUGAUGCCUGGUUUGACAUUCUCAAAUGAGCUUAUAUCUAGAGAUGAGGGGCUUCACUGUGAAUUCGCUUGCCUUCUUUAUGGGUUGCUCCGGAAGCAACUUAAUUGGCAAAAUGUCCAUCAUAUUGUGAACGAAGCAGUGAAAAUCGAGACUGAGUUUGUGUGUGAGGCUCUUCCUUGUGCACUUAUUGGCAUGAACUCAACACUCAUGAGCCAGUACAUAAAGUUUGUGGCUGAUCGUCUUCUGGUUGCAUUGGGCUGUCAAAGAAAGUACAACGUGGAAAAUCCUUUUGAUUGGAUGGAAUUUAUAUCUUUACAAGGAAAAGCCAACUUCUUCGAGAGGAGGGUCGGUGAAUAUCAGAAAGCAUCUGUUAUGUCGAGCCUUCAAAACGGAGGUAAAAACUACGUUUUCAAACUAGACGAAGACUUCUAAGUCCCCCCCAUUGGUCUAGUUUCCAUUUUGUUUUUUUCACCUAGAGUAUUAUAUAGAUGCCACCAAACUAGAUUGAGACUUCUAAAUCGCCCCAUUGAUUCUAUAGAUGCUGCCAGUGAGUAUCAAAACAUUCUUUGUGGCAACUCUUCUUGUCUAUAAUAUCGUUUCGUCUUGCGGUAAAUUCCGAAACACCGGUUCGAUGCCUGCAGCAAUAAAGCUUAAAUUACAUAUUAUGUAAAUAUA